GGGAAAAGUUUCAGUCACUUCUCCUCCCUUAUCUCUCACCAGAGAGUCCACACAGGAGAGAGACCCCAUGAAUGUUGCGAGUGUGGAAAAAGCUUCUCUCGGAGCUCAAACCUUACUAUGCAUCAGAGGAUCCACACAGGAGAGAGACCCUAUGAAUGCAGUGAGUGCGAGAAAAGUUUCACUCACCUCUUCUCUCUUAUCUCUCACCAGAGAGUCCACACAGGAGAGAAACCCUAUGAAUGCAGUGAGUGCGGGAAAAGCUUCUCUCGGAGCUCAACCCUUGUCACACAUUACACAGUUCACACCGGAGAGAAACCCUAUGAGUGCUCUGAGUGCGGGAAAAGCUUCAGUCAGCCCUCAAGCCUAAUCACACAUCAGAGAAUCCACACAGGGGAGACGCCCUAUACAUGCGCUGAGUGCGGGAAAAGCUUCAGUCUGCGCUCAAACCUUAUCACACACCAGAGAAUCCACACAAGGGAGACACCCUACACGUGCUCUGAGUGCGGGAAACGCUUCAGUCGGCGCUCAAACCUUAUCACACAUCAGAGAAUCCACACAGGAGAUGCCUAUACAUGCACUGAGUGCGGGAAAAGCUUCAGUUGGUGCUCAAGCCUUAUCACACAUCAUAGAAUCCACACCGGGGAGACGCCCUACACGUGCUCUGAGUGCGGGAAAAGCUUCAAUCAGCGCUCACACCUUAUCACACAUCAGAGAAUCCACACAGGAGAGAAGGCCUACACAUGCGCUGAGUGCGGGAAAAGCUUCAAUCGGCGCUCACACCUUAUCACACAUCAGAGAAUCCACACAGGAGAGAAGGCCUACAAAUGCGCUGAGUGCGGGAAAAGCUUCAGUCAGCGCUCAAGCCUUAUCACACAUCAGAGAAUCCACACAGGAGAGAUGCCCUACAGAUGCGCUGAAUGCGGGAAAAGCUUCAGUGUGCGCUCACACCUUAUCACACAUCAGAGAAUCCACACAGGGGAGAAGCCCUACACGUGCGCUGAGUGCAGGAAAAGCUUCAGUCGGCGCUCAAACCUUAUCACACAUCAGAGAAUCCACACUGGGGAGAAGCCCUACACGUGCUCUGAGUGCAGGAAAAGCUUCAGUCAGCGCUCAAGCCUUAUCACACAUCAGAGAAUCCACAAAGGAGAGACGCCCUACACGUGCUCUGAGUGCGGGAAAAGCUUCACUCGGCGCUCAAGCCUUUUCACACAUCAGAGAAUCCACACAGGGGAGAGGCCCUACACAUGCGCUGAGUGCGGGAAAAGCUUCAGUCUGCGCUCAAACCUUAUCACACAUCAGAGAAUCCACACAGGGGAGAGGCCCUACACAUGCGCUGAGUGCGGGAAAAGCUUCAGUCUGCGCUCAAUCCUUAUCACACAUCAGAGAAUUCACACAGGAGAGACGCCCCAUACGUGCGCUGAGUGUGGGAAAAGCUUCCGUCUGCGCUCAAACCUUAUCAUACAUCAGAGAAUCCACACAGGGGAGAAGCCCUACACAUGCUCCGAGUGCAGGAAAAGCUUCAAUCGGCGCUCACACCUUAUCGCACAUCAGCGAAUCCACACAGGAGAGAUGCCCUACACAUGCUCUGAGUGCAGGAAAAGCUUCAAUCGGCACUCACACCUUAUCACACAUCAGAGAAUCCACACAGGAGAGAAGCCCUACACAUGCGCUGAGUGCGGGAAAUGCUUCAUUCAGCGCUCAAUCCUUAUCAGACAUCAGAGAAUCCACACAGGCGAGACACCCUACACGUGCUCUGAGUGCGGGAAAAGCUUCAUUCAGCGCUCACACCUUAUCACACAUCAGAGAAUCCACACAGGAGAAACGCCCUACACAUGCUCUGAGUGCAGGAAAAGCUUCAGUCAGCGCUCAAGCCUUAUCACACAUCAGAGAAUCCAUACAGCAGAGAAGCCCUACACAUGCUCUGAGUGCGGGAAAAGCUUCAGUCGGCGCUCACACCUUAUCACACAUCAGAGAAUCCACACAGGAGAAAGACCCUAUGAAUGCUGUGAGUGCGGGAAAAGCUUCACUCAGAGAUAUACCCUUAACUCCCAUCAGAGAAUCCACACAGAAGAGCGACCCUACGAAUGCUGCAAGUGCAGGAAAAGCUUCACUCAGAGAUCAGCCCUUAUCUCUCAUCAGACAACUCACACGGGAGAGAAACCCUACGAAUGUUGCGAGUGUGGAAAAAGCUUCUCUCGGAGCUCAAACCUUACUGUGCAUCAGAGGAUCCACACAGGAGAGAGACCUUAUGCAUGCCGUGAGUGCAGGAAAAGUUUCACUCACCUCUUCUCUCUUAUCUCUCACCAGAGAGUCCACACUGGAGAGAGACCAUAUGAAUGCUGCGAGUGUGGGAAAAGCUUUUCCCAUAAAGAUACCCUUAUCACACAUCAGAGAAUCCACACAGGAGAGAAGCCCUACACAUGCUCUGAGUGCGGGAAAAGCUUCAGUCAGCGCUCACACCUUAUCAGACAUCAGAGAAUCCACACAGGGGAGACGCCCUACACGUGCGCUGAGUGCGGGAAAAGCUUCAGUCGGCGCUCAAACCUUAUCAGACAUCAGAGAAUCCACACAGGAGGGACGCCCUACACCUGCGCUGAGUGCGGGAAAAGCUUCAGUCAGCUCUCACACCUUAUCAGACAUCAGAGAAUCCACACAAGGGAGACGCCCUACACGUGCGCUGAGUGCGGGAAAAGCUUCAGUUGGCGCUCAAUCCUUAUCGCACAUCAGAGAAUUCACACAGGGAAGAUGCCCUACACGUGCGCUGAGUGCGGGAAAAGCUUCAAUUGGCGCUCACACCUUAUCACACAUCAGAGAAUCCACACAGGGAAGAUGCCCUACACGUGCGCUGAGUGCGGGAAAAGCUUCAAUUGGCGCUCACACCUUAUCACACAUCAGAGAAUCCACACAGGGGAGAUGCCCUACACGUGCUCUGAGUGCGGGAAAAGCUUCAGUCGGCGCUCAAACCUUGUCACACAUCAGAGAAUCCACAUAGGGGAGACGCCCUACACGUGCGCUGAGUGCGGGAAAAGCUUCAGUCAGCUCUCAAGCCUUAUCACACAUCAGAGAAUCCACACAGGGGAGACGCCCUACACGUGCGCUGAGUGCGGGAAAAGCUUCAGUCGGCGCUCAAGCCUUAUCACACAUCAGAGAAUCCACACAGGGGAGACACCCUACACGUGCUCUGAGUGCGGGAAAAGCUUUAGUCGGCGCUCAAACCUUGUCACACAUCAGAGAAUCCACACAGGGGAGACGCCCUACACGUGCUCUGAGUGCGGGAAAAGCUUCAGUUGGCACUCAAACCUUAUCACGCAUCAGAGAAUCCACACAGGGGAGACGCCCUUCACGUGCGCUGAGUGUGGGAAAAGCUUCAGUCUGCGCUCAAUCCUUACCACGCAUCAGAGAAUCCACACAGGGGAGACGCCCUACACGUGCUCUGAGUGCGGGAAAAGCUUCAGUCGGCGCUCACACCUUAUCACACAUCAGAGAAUCCACACAGGGGAGCAGCCCUACACGUGCGCUGAGUGCGGGAAAAGCUUCAGUUGGCGCUCAAACCUUAUCACACAUCAGAGAAUCCACACAGGGGAGACGCCCUACACGUGCGCUGAGUGCGGGAAAAGCUUCAGUCGGCGCUCAAACCUUAUCACACAUCAGAGAAUCCACACAGGGGAGACGCCCUACACGUGCUCUGAGUGCGGGAAAAGCUUCAGUUGGCGCUCUGCCCUUAUCAGACAUCAGAGAACCCACACAGGGGAGACGCCCUUCACGUGCGCUGAGUGCGCGAAAAGCUUCAGUCUGCGCUCAAUCCUUAUCACACAUCAGAGAAUCCACACAGGGGAGACGCCCUACACGUGCUCUGAGUGUGGGAAAAGCUUCAGUCGGCGCUCUGCCCUUAUCAGACAUCAGAGAAUCCACACAGGAGAGCAGCCCUACACGUGUGCUGAGUGCGGGAAAAGCUUCAGUCGGCGCUCAAACCUUAUCACACACCAGAGAAUCCACACAGGAGAGACGCCGUACACAUGCUCUGAGUGCAGGAAAUGCUUCAGUCAGCGCUCAAGCCUUGUCACACAUCAGAGAAUCCACACAUGA